AUGGGACGCAUCCUCAAGGAUACGAUCAAGACCCGGGCUGAAGAGGACUGCGGGGGUGACGCAGAGUGUACUGCUCAAGCUAACGAGUCGGGGGAGGGCGUUGUCGCACAUCUCCGGCAGUGGAAUACGGCUGCCGAACUUUGCCGCGCUGCGAAAGUUUGCUCCGAGACUGACAUGAGAACCGCCCUGUUGCUCCUCGGCUUCAUCGCGGUCGCCGCUUCGCUGGCCGUGCAGCCGCAACGCGAUCUUCGCGGUCAUCUGCGCAAUUUGCGAGGGAGAGGCCGAAAAAGAGGGCGGCAACGACAUCGAGGCCUACCUGGUCGCCCAAAAUCGAGGAAGUGUGCACCCAGACGAGGCUUCCUGAAGGACAUUUGCGAGAAGGCUCUUAAAGAGGCCGUUUCCGAGCUGGUGACGUGGAUCAAGCAGAAGGCCACCCCGAGGCGUGCCAGGAAUGCGAUCUGUGCCCCGAACAUAUUAGUCACCAAA